AGAGCGUCUCCGGGUUGUGUCAGUGGAUGACAACAAACAUGGCGGAGAGCUGCGGGGAUACAGAGACGGGUAAUGGAAUUGGAAAUGAAUCGUCCAUGUCCCGGAAUGUGAGCAAACUCAUUGUUUCACCUCCUGGAUUUAAUGGACAACCGAAAAAGGGGCACUUAAUAUUUGAUGCCUGCUUUGAAAGUGGCAACCUCGGCAGAGUGGAUUUCAUCUCGGACUUUGAGUAUGACCUCUUCAUCAGGCCUGAUACAUGUAACCCUCGUUUUCGUGUAUGGUUCAACUUUGCUGUGGAGAAUACUAAAGAAUACCAGAGAGUAAUUUUCAACAUUGUCAACUUUAGCAAGACAAAAAGCCUGUACAGAGAUGGCAUGUCUCCAGUUGUGAAGUCUACGAGUCGUCCUAAGUGGCAGAGGCUGCCCUCCAAAAAUGUCUACUACUAUCGGUGCCCAGAUCAUCGCAAAAACUAUGUCAUGUCUUUUGCUUUUUGCUUUGACCGAGAAGAUGACGUUUAUCAGUUUGCCUACUGUUACCCGUACACGUACACUCGUCUUCAGCAUUACUUGGAAAACCUCGACAGGCUGAAUCUAGACUAUGUUCAUCGAGAGCUCCUUGGCUUAAGUGUGCAACAACGAAGACUUGAACUUCUUACCAUUACCAGCCCCGUGAACCUGGUGUCUGAAGCUGAGCAGAGGGUCGUGUUUAUCACGGCUCGAGUACACCCGGGGGAAACGCCAUCUUCCUUUGUAUGUCAGGGCAUCAUUGAUUUCCUUGUCAGCCAACAUCCUACAGCCAAAUCCCUCAGAGAUCACCUGAUUUUUAAAAUUGCACCAAUGCUGAACCCCGAUGGAGUGUAUCUGGGAAAUUACAGGUGUUCGCUGAUGGGUUUUGAUCUUAACAGACACUGGCAGGACCCGUCUCCUUGGGCCCACCCAACUCUAUAUGGAGUGAAGCAGCUGAUCCUAGAGAUGCACACUAGUCCUAAGACCAGUUUGGAGUUUUACAUAGACAUUCACGCCCAUUCCACCAUGAUGAAUGGAUUCAUGUAUGGGAAUAUAUUUGAGCAAGAAGAGCUGUUCCAGAGACAAGCCGUUUUUCCUAAGUUACUCUGUCGAAAUGCGGAGGACUUCUCUUUUGUGCUUCGUCAAUAUGACGCCCAUUCUGACCACCAUAUUUCUCGAUCUAUUUACAACAGACCACUGGCAUAG